CGCCCACGCGACCUUCACUGGAAAGAGUCGCCCGCCAUGGCUCCUGCUGCCGCAAAAAAGCAGCCACAGUGGUCGACUGAUUUCGACACAAAACGCCGCCAGCACCUCUUCCGGAACCCGCCCAAGGACAAGACCGCCUAUCCGACACUUGCUGCAGCCGUUGACCCCCACAUCAACUCGUUCAACACAAUCUUUGCGCCCGGCGGUCAGAUAGAGGAGGGCAUCAAGGACAUCGGUAUUAAGAGUUUCACCGACGGCGACCCAUAUGCUCAGCCUGAGGAGAUUGGGCGCAGGAACAGACUUUCUGUGCGCAUUCAAGAUGUGUUCCUUGACAAGGCUGUCCUGCCGCCGUCGAACAAGGUGGCUCUCAAGAACCGCAACAUUCUCCCUGCGGAAUGUCGAGAGCGCCAUGCCACAUACCGUGGCAAGCUUCGUGCUCGCCUCGAGUACAGGGUAAACAACGAGGACUGGCAGGAGGAGGUCUGCGAUCUGGGGACCGUACCCAUCAUGUUGAGGUCAAACCGGUGUCACCUUGAGAACAUGAGCCCCGAUCAGCUCGUCAAGGCCAAGGAAGAGACCGAAGAGCUGGGUGGCUACUUCAUCGUCAACGGUAUCGAGAAGAUUAUUCGAAUGCUGCAGGUGAACAGGCGCAACUACCCUAUGGCCAUCAAACGUGGUGCCUUCACCAACCGUGGCCCUGGUUACACGCAGUACGGUAUCCAGAUUCGCUCAAUACGCACCGAUCAGUCCUCACAAACGAACGCACUACAUUACUUGAGUGACGGAAACGUCAACUUUCGGUUUUCCUGGAGGAAGGCUGAAUACCUGGUCCCUGUCAUGAUGGUCAUGAAGGCGUUAGUGGAAACGAACGACCGGGACAUCUUUGAGGGCAUCGUCGGCGCAUCGGGCUCGAAGGGGCUGGCAGAGAAACAGUUCGUCACGGAUAGAGUGGAAUUGCUUCUCCGAACGUACAAGGUCUACGGGUUACACUCGCAGGCCAAGACAAGGGCCUACCUGGGAUCCAAAUUCAAAGUCGUACUACAGCUUCCAGACGAUGCCAGCGACGACGAGGCAGGUGUCGAAUUCCUGCGGAGAAUCGUCCUGCCCCACCUCGGAGCCUACAACGUCACCCCGGCGCAGAACGCCGACAAGUUCCAGAUGAUCCUUUUCAUGAUCCGGAAAUUGUACGCCUUGGUGGAGGGUGAAUGCGCGGUCGAUAACCCUGAUGCCGUCCAGAACCAGGAAAUCUUGCUUGGAGGUCAGCUUUACGGAAUGGUCAUCAAGGAAAGAUUAGACGAGUGGCUAAACUCGAUUCGACCGGUCCUGCAGGACUGGGGUCGUCGAUCAGAGUGGAAGUCGUUCACAUCGCCCGAGUUUAAGAAAGAGUUCGUUCCGAGAGUGCUCAAGAGGACAACCAUGGACGUUGGACGCGCCAUGGAGUACUUCCUCUCCACUGGUAAUCUCGUCAGUCCAACUGGUCUUGACUUGCAGCAGACGGCCGGUUUCGUCGUUGUGGCUGAGAAGAUUAACUUCUACCGUUUCAUCAGCCACUUCAGGAUGGUGCACAGAGGUGCUUUCUUCGCUCAACUCAAGACGACCACCGUAAGAAAGCUGUUACCGGAAAGCUGGGGCUUCAUGUGUCCGGUCCACACGCCUGACGGUUCUCCAUGUGGGCUGCUGAACCACUUUGCGCACAAGUGCAAGUUGGCUACACAGAACGUUGAUGUUUCGGCCGUCCCUAAGCUUGUGGCGCAACUAGGCGUAUCCAGCAAGUCCUCCGCGUCACUUGAGUCAAGUGUCGUCGUACAACUUGACGGCCGUGUCUUGGGCUUCUGCUCACCAAAGCAAGCCAAGGUCAUCGCAGACACAUUGCGAUACUGGAAAGUCGAAGGGACGCAUGACGUGCCGUUGGAGCUUGAGAUUGGAUACGUUCCUAAUUCGAAUGGUGGCCAAUACCCCGGUGUCUUCAUGUUCUCUCAGGUCGCACGCAUGUACCGACCUGUCAAGUACCUUCCUCUUGGCAAGCUGGACUAUGUUGGACCCUUCGAACAGCCUUACAUGUCAAUUGCUUGCACCGAUCCCGAGAUCGUGUCUGGCGAUUCUACGCACGUUGAGUUCGACCCUACGAACAUCUUUUCGAUUAUUGCCAACAUGACACCGUUCUCCGAUUUCAACCAGUCGCCCAGAAACAUGUACCAAUGCCAGAUGGGUAAGCAAUCGAUGGGAACACCCGGAACCGCUCUGCGUUACCGAACAGACAACAAGACGUACCGCCUCCAGACAGGUCAAACGCCAAUUGUACGACCACCCCUCCACAACGAGUACGGGUUUGACAAUUUCCCGAACGGCACCAACGCCGUUGUGGCAGUCAUUUCCUAUACUGGUUACGACAUGGACGACGCUAUGAUUCUGAACAAGUCUGCACACGAGCGUGGCUUCGGUCACGGUACCAUCUAUAAGACGAAGAUCUGUGAUCUUGAGGAGGGUGGACGCCGAAACAGGUCUGGGAAGACGGUUUCCAAGCUUUUUGGUUUUGCUCCUGAAGGACUCAAGAAGGCGUCUUACCUGGACACACUAGAUGAAGACGGUUUCCCACGUGUUGGAACGCUCCUGCGUCACGGCGACGUUAUCGCAGCGUGGCACACAGUUUCGUACGACGCUGCCACCGACGACUACAUCAACCGCGACGCCAACACCCAGUUCUUCAAGUACAAGGAGGACGAGCUCGCCUUCGUAGAGGAAGUCCGCAUCAUCGGCUCAGAAGAUGGGACCCAACCUUGUCAGAAGAUUAGCGUCAAGCUCCGCGUACCUCGUUCGCCCAUCAUCGGUGACAAGUUCUCCUCUCGCCACGGACAGAAAGGUGUCUGCUCCCAGAAGUGGCCCUCAAUCGAUAUGCCCUUCUCCGAAUCCGGCAUCCAGCCCGACGUCAUCAUCAACCCCCACGCCUUCCCCUCGCGUAUGACAAUUGGCAUGUUCGUCGAGUCCCUCGCCGGCAAAGCAGGCGCCAUGCACGGCAUCGCGCAAGACUCGACGCCUUUCCGCUUCGACGAGCAAAACACCGCCGUCGACUUCUUCGGCCACCAGCUCAUGAAGGCUGGCUACAACUACUACGGCAACGAGCCCAUGUACUCCGGCAUCACGGGCCAGGAACUCGCUGCCGACAUCUACAUCGGUGUCGUAUACUACCAGCGUCUUCGUCACAUGGUUAAUGAUAAGUACCAGGUCCGUACCACGGGUCCUGUUAACUCGACCACGGGCCAGCCUAUCAAGGGAAGGAAGAAGGGUGGUGGUAUCCGUGUCGGUGAGAUGGAACGCGACGCGCUUAUUGCCCACGGCACGGCAUUCUUGCUGCAGGAUCGUCUGAUGAAUUGCUCGGAUUACACUAAGGCGGCUAUUUGUCGUGGGUGUGGCAGCUUCUUAUCCACUGCGCCGACAGUCAGCGAGUACUCGCGCAAGAAGGAUGCGGGAGGCAGGAAUAUGACGAUCAGGUGUAGGAGGUGCGCUACGCUGGCGGAUGGGCAUCAGAGUAAGAGUGAUACUUGGACGGAUGGGCAAGGUAUGAGGUUCAGCGGUGGUGAUGAUAUUGCCACGGUGGCCGUCCCGGGCGUGUUGAAGUACCUCGAUGUUGAGUUGGCCAGUAUGGGUGUUAGACUCAAGUUCAACGUUGCCCCUUAGAAGUAUGUUCGAGUUGGAAGUUUGGGCGGCAUGUUGAAGGGAAAUGUGUAGGCAUUGCUCGGCGUUCUGGAUGUAAAAGUUACCCGGGCUCUUUAGCAGCAUCAGCGGAGUUCUGUAGACCAAUUCAUCU